UUCAGAAAAAAGAACUUCAGAAGACAAUGAGAUUUCACCUCAUCCUAAAAGAUCAUGUUCCCAUGGCAUAGUAAGUCCAAAACUUUUGAAGUAUAAAAGUGAAAAAAAGAUAUCAGGAAUCAUGAGCAAAGCAUCUGGUGCUAAAAGUAAUAAUUGUGCAAUGUAUAGUUUUCAUGUGCACAAUCCUAAUUCAGGUUUUGCAAUUAAUGGUUCAGCUUCAUCAUUUUUGAAGAGAAACACACAAAGCACAAUAAUAAAUAAAGAGGUAAUUCAGGAACAAAAAAAACUAAAACUUCUUGAAAAAGAUAACACAAUACAAGCAAGAUUAAAAUUAAAUGCAGAGUUAAAACGCCUUAAAUUAGAAGAACUGAAAAGGGCUAGAGAAGAGAAGGAACGUAAAGUUGCAGAGGCUAGGGAAAUAAAACUUCGUGAAGAACAACAGCAGAAAAGCAAAGUUACCAAAAAACUUGAGGAUAAGAGUUUAUUAACUGAAAAGUUAAUUGAGGCACGACUCAAAGAAGAAAAAGAAAAACAAAAACUUAGGCUGAAAAAACAGCUGGAAGCUGAUGCACGAAGAAAACAAGAAGAAGAAGAAAGGUUGCUGAAACAAAUUGAACAGGAAGAAGAAGCCAAAAUGCAGGAAAAAAUACAUCUGAGGAAAAAAGAGAUUGAAGAGUUAGAAAAAAAAAGACAGGUUAUUGAAGAGAGAAAAAAACAAGAAGAAAGAAUAGCUGAGCUUAAUCUAAAACACCAUGAAGAAAAAUUACGUUGGAGGCAAGCAGAAGAAGAAAGAGAAAAAGAGAGAGAGAAGGCUCGAUUGGAAAAGGAAAAACAGUUGGCUUUGGAAAAACAGGAAAAAGAAAAAUUGGAAAAAGAUAAAAGGGAUGAGAAGGAAAGAAAAAUAAAGGAAGACAUAGAAAAACUAAAGGCCAUGGAGAAAGAACGCUUAAAGCGGCAAGAAGAAGAAGCAAAGCGAUUGCUGCAUGAAGAAUCUCAUUUGCAGCAAAUGAUUAAAAAACACAACAGUAGCCUUGUGAAACCUUCAGCAAAAGUUCCUUUUGCUGCUUUAGAAAACAAUACAGCUAGUUACAACAUGACACCUGCUAAAGUAUACAAUGAUGCAUCAAAAGACCCGGACAAUUACAACUUGGAAGACAAAGAUUCAGAAGACUCUACAGAUGAUGAAGAAGCACCCAAAAAAACUAUUCCUGAAUGGGCAUGUGGUAUACACUUAAGUAAAGCACUUGUUCGACAACAUAUGAUGGGUGUAGAUCCAGAAACAAUAUUUAAUAUUAACUGCAUAGAGCCUCCUGACUUAGAAAAGCUGUUUCCCGGAAAAAAGAAAAGAAGAUUUAGAGAAAGAACAAGUUCAGCAAUUUGGACGUCCCCAGUCUAUAAAAUAUAAUCCUUUGUGUAAACAGAUAAAAUAUGCUUAAUAGCUGCCUAGUUUGACAGAAAUUUAAAGGCCGAUUCUAGCCGGAAUAAGAUACGCAUGCGCAAUGGAGAGAAACUACGACUUUCCUUAGCGGCGAUGUUUUCGAUGGUACUGCGCAUGCGUGUGUUUACAACCGCAGAACCCUAACACCAACCCUAAUCCUAUCCUUAACCCUAUCCCUUAUCCUAGGCCUAAUCCUAUCCCUAAUCCUACCCCUAACCCUCAUUCUAACCCUAGCCAUAGGUCACUGCGCAUGCGCAGAGCUAUCUUUUGCCGACUAAGUGGAGACGUUGGGGAGAAAAAUCUUCCGAGUAGAUACUUCGAAAUUUUAAAUGUGUUUAGAUAUAUUUUCAAUGAACAUCGGUAAUCUAUCGCUUUAGCCGCACUUUAGCGUAAUCAAUUCGGCCGUCACUAGUAAUGUCGAAUGUAGGGAUAAGGUAACUAAUAAAUAUGGUUUAAAUGUAAAUACAUAUUUUUGCAUAUUCUACUAAAGAUAAUUGAAUAUUAAACCACAUUUAAGGGUUAAAUCAAUAAAAAUGUCACGAAAUUAAGGUUUAACAACGAUGUUCCAGAUACUAAAUUUGCUAUUAAAAACAGCGGCCAUCUUAAGAAAAUAUUUUUUUGAGUCAUUUCCCUUUAAGUUUAAUUUCUAUUUGUAUUGAAAUGUAUUGAUGCUUGCUAUUAAAUACGUGGGUCUUGUGUUUAAAUACAAAGCAUGCGUUGUUUUCUUUUUGUUUUUUUAAUUCUGCCCUUUAAACAAUUUCAUUGACUGACAAUAAACAUUAGUUGUAGAAUUAUUAUUAUGAGAUGCAACUUUUAUACAUUAAGAAACUCCCUAUUUUUAUAGAGCUACCACUACAUAUCUAAUGUUUAUUUAAAUAUUAGUUUGAGUUAAUUUUUAUUGUUUGUGUUAUUGUUUGUUUGCUAUUUUCAUUUAAUAUUUUAUAAAAAAUAGGUAGUCCAAACUGGAGAAAAAGUGCGUUUUAGGGUCAGUUUUUGCGGUUUUCAAAAAAUUCUGAUUCUGUUUCUCCUGCAAUAGAUAACUGUGGCAUUUUAAAAAAAAUAUUUUAACUGAUGUGAUUUUUAAAAAUAAUAAACACAUUCUUCCUGUUAAUGUU